UAUCGCCAAGUCAUCGCCGCUCCAACCUCCAGGCGACUCAUCAUCGCCCGAUAUCGCCGUGCUACAUGGGACACUCUUGUCCACGGGGAAACUCCUUUUCAGUGUACUGUAUGCGAUAGAAAAUUUUCAUCCAGUGUUGCACUGCGUUACCAUCUCCGGAUCCACACAGGAGAGAAGCCAUAUGAAUGCACUAUCUGCAAUAAGAAAUUUUCCCGUCUGUGGACUUUGAGAACACAUCUUCGCCUGCACACCGGAGAGAGGCCUGCUCGGUGCACCGUGUGCAGCAAGACAUUUCGAACUGCUUCCUAUCUGACGAUGCACCUCCGAACGCACACGGGAGAGAAGCCCUUCACGUGCAACGAUUGCGGCAUGCAGUUUGUAGUUGGCGGCGCUCUGAAGGCUCACAUCAAAUGCGUUCACGCCAAGACCAGAGAUUUCGAGUGUACUGCGUGCAGCAAGAAGUUUUCGACUAGUGGGCACCUGCGUACACAUCUGCGCACGCACACGGGCGAGCGGCCCUUCGCGUGCAGUGUGUGCAACAAGAAAUGUUCGACCCCUGCUGCUUUGCGAACACACCUACGAGUACACACUGGCGAGAAGCCCUUUGAGUGUUCGGUGUGCAGCCGGAAAUUCGUGCACAGCUGUUCUCUGAAAGCUCAUCUCAAGGCCCACACUGGCGAGAACAAGCCCAGGGUUGUUACAGACCGUGAAAUUCGGGAAUAACAAAAUGGGUCAGGGGAAAUUCGGGAAAAUUGAGAGAGCAGUCGGUAAAAUUUCUCCGGUUGACUGCCUCCUUGCAAAUGAAUGAGUGGAAAUGCGUAAAAUUGUCGCUCGAGCUGCGGCAGCGGCACUUGCACGGCCGUGCCGGCGCAGCCAGUCGUUGCUUUUUUUGUGCAUACUCUUGUUUUCAGUUAUAUUUUCCCUUCCGUUGUUCGGAAUACUGCCUACUUUAUGGCCUCAAAAGUCAGUACAAAUCGGGAUUUGGGUCAGGAAAAAGUCAGUACAAUUGAAAAUAUGGAACCUGUAACAACCCUGAAGCCGGUGUGCCACAAGAAGUAUGAACGCAGCAGGUCUCUAAAACCUCAUCUCCAAGCCCACGCUGAGACCGCUGGAGAUGCGUAGAGUACGAAGGAUUUGUUUACGAAGCGUGUGUUUGUUCCUUUUCUACGUGUUCAGGAUUAUAGUUUUUGACCCCUGUGCCGAGGAAUGUUUUUUCACUGUUCACCUUUCCUCUAUUUUGUGCUGCUACAAGUCAAGUUUGACGAAACGCUUUGCGACUGCCUUGUCGGUGGUUCGACUGUCGUACCCGAAAUGUAUCUGUAAAUUGCCAAAAAUGUCCAAUAAAAAGAAAAUUAAAAACAGA